CAAUUAUUCCAAAACCGAAGCACGAGUAGCUGUUUUGCUUCCGUAAUAAACGAAACUUGAUUAUCACGGACCGGAGCGCCUUCGUAUAAAAAAUUACUUCAUAUAAAAUAACCGAUACACUCUACUCUACCCCUUGUAUUACUUGUAAAUCCAUGGAAUUCUCCCCUCGACGUGGUCGGAAACCUCCAACACCAUCAAUUCCGGCGAAAUCCUCCGACAACACUUUCUCCACCUUCGUCGUCCACAACACCACCGACGACGACAUGGACGACGACUCUCUCCCUCCUCUUCUCAAGCGUCUUCCCAAGGACUUCGGCGGCGCCGGCUCCUUCGAUUUCGACGCCGAAACUUCCGACGACAUUUCCGGCACUUUCAUCGUCAAGCCCGAUAAACAUCAUUCGGAAUCUCCGCAUUCUGUCAGAAAAUCACGCAAUCCGACAUUUAUGUCUCCGUCGAAACCUAAAUUUGUUCCUAGAACAGUUGAAUUGAAUGAUGAUGAUGAUGAAGAUGAUGAUGGUGAAGGUGAUUUUGGUACUUUUUUGGUGAAGAAAGGGAGAAAUGAUGAUUAUGAUGAUGAUGAGGAGGAGGAGGAGGAGGAGGAUGAUGAUGAGGAGGAGGGUGAGGAAGAGUUCGGGACAUUUGUGGUGCGAAAGACGGGGAAAAAGAAGAGGGAGAAGGAGAGUGAUGAUGUUUCUGGGACGGUAGUGAGGAAGAGUGGUGGUGAUGGUGGUUCGGCGAUGAGUAGGGCGGUUGCGAGUAUGCAGGCAGCAGGGGAGUUAGGGUUUGGUGGGAGGAGUAAGAGAGGCGGUGGUGGUUCGAGUCAAUCAGACGAUGUUGCUGGACAAAUGAGACAAUUGCAGAGUAAAAUGUCGUCGAGUUCGAUUCCGGAUUGUAUUGCUAGGGAGGAUCCUAGCACAAAGUAUGAGUUGCUUCAUGAAUUAGGGAAAGGUUCCUAUGGGGCAGUUUAUAAAGCUAGAGAUUUAAAGACUUCAGAGUUAGUUGCAAUUAAAGUUAUAUCAUUGAGCGAAGGGGAGGAAGGUUAUGAGGAGAUUCGAGGUGAGAUUGAAAUGUUACAGCAGUGUAGUCAUCCUAAUGUCGUCCGUUACCUUGGUAGCUACCAAGGAGAAGAGUAUCUCUGGAUAGUGAUGGAGUAUUGUGGAGGUGGAAGUGUUGCUGACUUGAUGAAUGUUACUGAAGAGCCUCUAGAUGAAAAUCAAAUUGCUUACACUUGUAGGGAGGCAUUGAAGGGUUUAGAUUAUUUGCAUUCAAUCUUCAAGGUUCACCGAGAUAUUAAGGGUGGUAAUAUACUAUUGACAGAACAAGGAGAAGUGAAGUUGGGUGAUUUUGGUGUUGCAGCACAGCUGACAAGAACCAUGUCCAAGCGCAAUACGUUCAUUGGUACUCCACAUUGGAUGGCUCCAGAAGUUAUUCAAGAAAGUCGAUAUGAUGGAAAGGUGGAUGUCUGGGCUCUUGGAGUGUCUGCUAUCGAGAUGGCAGAGGGGCUUCCUCCUAGAUCAUCGGUGCAUCCAAUGCGGGUUUUGUUCAUGAUAUCUAUUGAACCAGCUCCAAUGCUCGAGGACAAAGAAAAAUGGUCUCUUAUAUUUCACGACUUCGUAGCUAAAUGUCUAACCAAGGAUCCACGUCUGCGUCCAACUGCACUUGAUAUGUUGAAGCAUAAAUUCAUUGAUAAGUGCAAAGGAGGAGCAUUUGCAAUGUUGCCAAAGAUUGAGAAGGCUAGAAAAGUCAGGGAAUCUAUGGUACUUCAAGCUCAAAGUCUUACCGACGGAACCUUGUUGGCAGGGCAGCAGGUGGAGGUGCCAAAAGUGAAUCAGGAUUUUGGCGACACUGUUCCAUCAAAACCUAUCAAUGUUGCGUUGACAAAUAAAAAUGAGAUACCCAAGGUUGCAGGGUCAGCAAAGCGGCAGGCUUUGCAGGAUGUGGAGCUGAUUGGAGAAGGUGAUUUUGGGACUUUUGUAGUCCAUGGUGGGGAUGAAGAGAAGACAUCAUCAUUUUAUGGCAGUCCUGAAGUUUCCUCACUGAGUGUUAAAUCAGAUAUUAUAGUUGAUCAAAGGGGGGAUAAAGCAUUUACCAGUGCUGCCACAAAUAUACAUGAGAAAGAAUUGCUUGUUGCUAGUGGAGUCAAUCGAGAAUCCAUUGCAUCAACCGUUACUUUACAGAACCGUAUGGCAAGCAAAACAUGUCAGACAAAGGUUGGAGGCAGUGGUGGUUUGGGUGAUCAAUCUAGGAGUGAGACUGUCAGUCGAAAAACAUUUUCAGCGCAAGACAAGCUUUGGUCAAUAUAUGCAGCUGGAAAUACGGUGCCUAUUCCUUUUCUGAGGGCAACUGAUAUAUCACCUAUUGCACUCUUAUCUGAUAAUGUAUUUGGGGGGAAGCCAAAAGAAAAUAGUGGGAUGGUGGCUGCAGAAGCAUUGCAAGAACUUUUUGCUGGGGAUGCUCAAUCAAAAAAGAGGCGGGGACAAAAUGAGCCGAUGGCCCUUCCGCCAAGCGUUUAUCAAAGACUUACCUCAAGUCCCACACUUAUGAAUCUGGCUCAAGCUCUGGCUUAUCACAAAAUGUGCUAUGAAGAGAUGCCACUUCAAGAUCUGCAAGUAGCACAAGAACAACAGACUAUUCAAAAUCUAAGUGAUACUCUGAGAACCAUUCUGCGCUUGUAGGCUGGCUAGUAGCUCAAAAUGAUUCCUUAGUUGCUGUCUUUCUUUCUUUUGCCUUAACUCUCUCUGCUUCUAUUCUGUGCAUCAUUUUGUAUUUAUGAUGCCUUUUUAUUUCAAAUAAGAAAACUGUUAUGCCAGUAAGUCCCGUAGGUCGUUCCGUUCUCGAACUGCUGAUGAACAGGCUCUGGCUUGCUAUUAUUGGUGCAGAAAUAGUCAAAUUUAUUGCUGGACACAAACAUGUAGAAGUUGAACUUUUGUUUACAGAAGAAGCAGAUGCAGCUGAUGAGAGCCUGGAUUUAUGGUCUUUGUUUCGUCUCUUUUCUUUGGUUAUUGCUGCUUUCAUGUAUGGCACUAUGGCAGCAUGAAAUUUUUGUGAAUCCUGGUUGAGAACUUCAAAAUGUACAUGAGUCUUUAUUGCUUGAGUUUGAUUUUUCACAAAAAACUACUUCUGUGAUGGAAGUGUUUAAUGAUACUGGAGAAAUUCCAAGUUUCUCAACCAAACUGUUUCUCAAGGGGGUAUAUUAGUCUUUUCACACUCUGUUGGGGGAUACAAAUGUAUUUUUAAUGCAGGAGCAAUAGUUCAAUAUUGGUUUUCUUGAAAAUUCAUGGAGUUUCUUAAGAAC